AUGGACAUGGGUAUUGACGACAACUUCCGUGUUGGUGCUAAUAUCUAUGGUGGCAUCCCAGACCCUGGGUAUUACAGCGUCAUGCUGGGAACAUGGGGCAAAACAUAUCUUAAUGCUGCCAUAUGCAAUGUGCUUUGCUUCGAUGCAAAAGACGAAAAGGUUCAGACUGGGAGCGCUCUUUGGGACAGUAAUUCCGACGGAAACGAGCGCCCAGUCCGCCAAACCUUCAAGAGGCCGUUCACUAAGACACCGGACGUUGUUGUCUUCAUCACCUCGUUUGACUCCAACAAUGACAGAUUCGUCCGCAUCGAUGUUGCGGCUUCGGAAAUUGACAAAAACGGUUUCACGGUGAAUAUGAGGACGUGGGAUGGUUAG